AUGCGUCUGUGCGAUUAUGAAUACGAAUGGCGACCUAGUUUAAAGGCGCCAAAUAGUGAUGAAGAGACAAUACUUCUCAUCAAUUUAUACGGUUGUAUAAUGCCGAUAUUAAGUAUAUGGGAAUUAGAAUUAAAAAUUAAGGAUACACGUUACCGCUAUAAAGUCAACUUUUGUACGUGGUCGCCGGUCUUUGAAUGGGGCUGUUAUCAAUUUGAAGAAGAAGGUCAUAAUCUUGAAUUAAUUUACAAUGCUUGGACCCUUCCAUUUUUUUCCAAUUUUGAUUUAUUUAUCGAUGGAAAAGAAUAUCACUCUGGUGUUGCCAAGGGCGAGUACUACACACAGUAUUUCGCCCGUAUUUUAACAUUUACUUCUAUUAUAACCGGAUCUUGUGGUGUAAUUGCUAUAGUUAGUGCUGCAUUAGCAUGGAAUACUGGUGUUAUUAUCGUUUUCAGCAUCAUUGCUGGAAUCUCUUUGUAUUUCACUCUAAAGGCGUUGGUUGGUUACAUGACGUUUCGUAGGAAACGCGAUGGAUCAAGCUUAAUUGAUAAUGAAGAGAUCCCCAUUUAA